AUGCCAGCCGACAGCGUAGACAUCGCGACCCACGGAUCUGUGUUCAAUCACGUCUCGACUCCCUCCCCCGUCGUCGACAUCACCAUGCCUGCCAUUCUGCAAGGACUCGAGGAUAUCCGUGUCGUCUUUAUUGCGGUGCUCGUGAUCGCGCCCGUGCCAGUCCGUCUUGCUCGCUAA